AUGACGGCGACCGCGGCGAGAGGCGUCGUCGUCGGCGCGCUGCCGCUGUCUCGAUUUUGCGGCGGGCACUUCUUCUUCGUGCGGGGCGGGGACGCGAAGCGGACGUGCCUCGCGGUGCACACGACGUAUCAGUUCAGUCAGGCGCGAGGGAAGCGGCAGCGGCUGCGCGAGCACGGGCUCUGGACGCUCGACGACGACGCGUACUACGAGGGGAGGGACGUCCCGGGGUGCGAAGGGUUCGUGAUGGCGUCGCCGGAGGACGCGCCGCCGCGCGCGUUGCUCGCGUCGGGACUUUACUUUUGGGUCCCGCGCGCGCGCGUUUCGUUUUGCUCUCUCCGCCCAUCACCCCUCGCUUUCAAUCCCGACACGCCUCGACGCCUUCGACUCCGCCUGACGCCUUUCGAUUCCAUCACCCCGAAAUCGAUCACAAUAAAUACACCGUCAGCGGGCGUGGAGAAUCACCUCGCCGCCGCCGCGUGGUACCGGCUCGCGAUGCGCAACCUCAUCGCGAUCGGUGUCGCUUUACGUCGGACGCCGAUCAUGCCGGAGUUGACGUGCGCGUGCGACCGGUACUGGGGGAACGUCCUCCCGGGGUGUUACAUCCAAGGCUCGGACGCGAGGCCGCCGUUUCCGCGGUGCCCGCUCGAUCACGUGAUGAACCUGCCGAAUAUGGAAGCCGCGGGGGUGACGCAUCGCGAGUAUUCGUUCCUGAAUAACUCCAGGGUGUCGGACACGAUGCGCGAUCCGUCCAAUCACGCGUUCGUCGAGCUGAAUCUCGACGCGGACGCGAGGAAUGGGAGCGUGCCGCGCGUCGCGGGAGUGACGACACGCGGCGCUCAUCACGCGAUGAGAAGGAUCUCGCUCGACGCGUAUCCCACCGACGUCGAGUGGGUCGCCGCGGCCGGGGACGCGAAAGAGCCCGUCCUCGUGGUCUCCUCCGCGAUCGCGUCGUUCUGUACGUUCAAAAAACGCACGGACGCGAUCAGUUUCGACGCGCGGAUGGCGAAAGCGCUUCGCGCGGAGUCGCACUUUUGCCGCCCCGGCGACGGAGGCCCGGGCUCGCGGUCGUGCGAGAUUGGAUUCGAGAUUCCCGCGGGCGUCGCCGACGACGCCGACUGCGACGCGUUGCGGCGCGCGUGGGACGAGCCCAGCGGGUCGUUCCGCGGGCGGUACGCGCGGAUGAGCGCGCACAAAGAUAGUUAG